UGGUCCGAACCGAGCACAGCUCUCGAGUUGCAGUUAUGGCGGAGCCUUCAACGCGGAGAGAUGAUGAUGAGUGGCAAAAUUUCAACGAAUUCAAGGGCGGAACGGGACGGGAUAUUCAUCUGGAGCGGGUCCAUGUGAACGCCGAAGAGAUGGCGCUGCUGCUGGAUGGAAUUUCAGACCCCGAGAACGGGCUUGAGACGAGCUCUUACACAUCCGCGGAGGACACGAUCAGACACUUCGACGAGAAGUUACAAUUAUGCUUCCAAAAUAUAGACUCAAACCCGGACGCAAUCAAUCCAGUGACGCCGAUAAAUGAGGACACGACCCUAAAAUGCGAUGAGAUCUGGAACGCUCUGACCGAUAACUAUGGCAAUGUCAUGCCGGUGGACUGGAGUCAGUCUAAAGCCCGCUCACUUCACCUCUCAACGCUGAGCAUUGAUGACAGACCGCGGAUGGAGAGUGUGAACCUGGAUCUGUCUGAUGAUGAGGACCUGAGGGAGCAGAUGGACAUGCACUCCAUCAUCGUGUCCUGUAUCAAUGAUGAACCGCUGCUCACUGCUGAACAGGUGAUUGAGGAGAUAGAGGAGCUCAUGCAGGACUCCCCAGAGAUGGAAUCGGAGCAGAUCGGUCCACACUCAGACCUCACGUUCAUCUCUCAGAAGAGCCAGAGAUCUCACAGCAGCCAGAUCUACGAGGAAAGAGUGAGGCUGAUGUCUUUGCUGGAGCUGAACGAUGAGCUGGAGGACGUGGAGACGGCCAUACGCGGCUAUUCAGAGGAGCUGGUCCAGCACCUGGCCGUCAGGGAUGAGCUGGAUUUUGAGAAGGAGGUGAAGAACAGCUUCAUCUCGGUUCUCAUAGACGUACAGAACCGGCAGAAGGUCCACCGAGAGAUGCUGAGAAAGAAGAGGAAAGUGAAGAACGUGUCUGGAUCAGAGAGGCUGCCGUCUUCUCGCUUCAGCGUGGAGGGAAUCUCUACUGCCAUUCAGAAUGGGUUUCGCCACACUUUUGGCAAUGGGGGCGGGGAGAAACAGUAUGUAACAACAGUCAUCCCUUACGAGAGAAAAGAUGGACCACCAUCACUUCAAGACCUUCAGAUUUUUACCAAAAUUUUAGAAGCCAUGAGAGAUGACAGCGAUAAAGUCCCAAGCCUCCUCACAGACUACAUCCUUAAAGUGCUCUGCCCCACCUAGAGGCACGUCUCUUCUGUGUUCUCAUGCAGAUUGAAGCUUGAAGCGUCUCUGGAGAAAUGUACUCACUGUGUUCCUCAGAUUUGAUCUUCUUCUCACUGCAUGAAGUGUUUGACUUCAGAUGCAGGACUCAGUUCUUCUGUUCUGAUGUGAUGGUCUGUAUUUUGCAUGUUUUACAGCACAUGGCAGUUUGCAGUAUUCAGUGUUUGUGUGUUUGCAGGUUUGUGUGUUCAGUGAGUGGAGAACAAAUCCAAAUCUGGGUUGUAGGGCUUGUCUCAGUGUAAACGUCCACCUUAUUUUGCAACUUAGUAAGCUGUUUACUGUGAAUGUGUGAGACUUCUGAUUCAUUAGCUGGUAUAGGUAAAUAAGUAGAAGAAUAACAAAAUGCAGUUAACAGUAAAACUAUUUGCACUACAAUCCAGUGAGUUUAUGACUGCAAAUAAAUAAAAAUAAUAUGAUAAAUACUAGUUUGACAUAUCAAACUGCAUAAUGGACUGUUUUUAAGGGCUAAAAUAACUGGAAGCAAAUGACACCAGAAGCCUCACUCAUUCAAGAUACAAAUGGCCACUUCUGUGAAAAUAAGGUAGGCAGUAUUAAUAUACUAAUGGUAGGUUAGUAAAGUUUUUACCAUCCCAGGAUAAGCAGCAGUUUAUCCAUGUACUGCAUGAUCUAAAUCAGUGGUUUUCAGCUCACAAACCAAAAAUGAGCUGCUGGCCUGUUCUAAUAAAUACAUAAUAAUAAUAAAAUAAUGUGUGUAUACAUACAUACAUACAUACAUACAUAUACAUAUAUAUAAUUAUUUUAUUAAAAAAAUAAUUCAAAUAGCAUACAAAUAAUGUAACUUAUACACUAUGUGACACUUGUGCUCAUAUCAUGUUAAUAAUUUGACAUUAUAAAUAUUUCACAUAUAUAUUAAAAUAUAAAAAAUAAUGCUUAAUAUUUUAAUAAAAUACUAUAUAAUGUUGUAAUAUCAAUCAUUAAAUUUGAUUUCACAAAAUUUAAAUCUAAAUUUUUAUAUAUGUGUAUAUAAAAUUACAUUUACAAAGUACAAAUCCCCACUGAUCUUUACUGACUAUGAUGGUGCCAGUUUUAAUAAUUUGACAUAUGGGAGUAUGCAGUUCAUGGUAUUAUUAAUUCAGUUACUUUUGCAUGAUAAACAAUUUUGGCACUGUUUUGUAAUUUGUAAACAACCAUGGUUUAAACAUUGGGAGAAUUAUUUAUUUUUAUUUUUUUAAACAAAGCAUGAAAAAAUACAAUAUUGGAAUUAUUUGUCUAAUUCUACAUUAUCAUUUUAAACUAUUUGCAAAAAAAAAUAAAAUAAACAUAUUUACUUUUACUUGUAUGCCUAAUAUGUCAAAAAAGCAAAAAGUUUUCUCUCUCGUCACAUUCAUUUAGGAAUUACAUCAAGUGCAUAAAUCAUACAAUAUUUUCAAAUCAAAAUGGCUGUAUAUGAAAAAAAAUAAGUUGAGUAGUUUGCUUCCCUGCAUAUUACUGUCAGUCAUUCAACAUUUCUGUCAUAAUAUUAAUAUUCGUUAUGUAUAAUAUUACAUAAAUAUUAAAUAUAAAUAUUAAUUUUUUUUUCCAUCUUACCUCACUCUCUUUCAACAUGAAAAAACUGCAGGACGCUUCACUGUGGAAUUCUUGCUGUGAACAGUAAACCCCACCUACUUUGAUUUGAUUGGCCAUCUCAGUCAUUUAGACUUUGACUAGCACUGUUGGACCAACCUAAACAUGUCACUUAUAAACCUUUCUAUCAUCCUAACAGCAAUCAGAGCACUGUGAAAUGGACUGCAGCAGAUCAGUGCAAGAAUUUACAGUAUUUAAGGGGACAAUGUGGCCAUCUCUAAUCAUUAAUAUCUAUUGCAGUUGCGGUCCUGGUUCUGAAGUAAAACCAGCUGAGAACCACUGAAGCAUGCUGUAUUACUGUGAGCUCAUCAUGGGGUGUUGUAGCUUCAAUCCUAAGGGUUGAUUAGAUGUCCUGUAACAUGUGCACUUACUGUUCUCUUAAAUGUGUGUUGUUUUGCUCAGAUUGAUUGAACUCUAGUGAGUGAAUCAGCUGAUAAUGCCUUACGUCACUAAACAUCAAUUCACUCACAAACCCAACUCUAAAAGAGCUUUACUCUGUUACAUUUUGCUGUUAAGGUUGCGUGUUUGAAACUAUGCACAGCACUGACCAGCCAUCCGGCCUGCAUGAAACAGACUGGAGAGUUACAGUAUCUAGACUUGAGACACAUUACGCCUUAUUAAACAAAUCUACAUGCUGGUGAGAUUGUGUUACAGUGCCGGUGUUUGAAUGUAAGAUCUGCUUGUGUGUCUGUUAAAGCAACAGUUUACCCAAACAUGAACAUUUGCUAUCGAGAUGUAGAUAAGUUUGGAAAAAUGUAGCAUUCCAUCAAUUGCUCACCAAUGGAUCCUCUGCAGUGAAUGGGUGCCAUCAGAAUGAGUGUCCAAACAGCUGAUAAAAACAUCACAAUAAUCCACAAGUAAUCCA